AAUCAAUCUGGGCUUCAGGUGUUUUGUUGAAACGGCAGUAGAAUGCCUGCCCGUUCGCUGAGCCUGGCGGGGAUCCCCGAGCUGAGAGGAUCAGCCGCUGCUUCUCGCUAUAGGAAAUCCUCAGUAACAGAUCCAGUUCGCAGACCCUCCAUAUCCAGUAAAAUCGGGCAAGAAAGUGAUCUGUUGCUGGAUCCAAUCACUGUCAGUCAGAUUGUUAAUUUGGGAAAUCAUAUUGACAGUCCUGUAGAGAAUGUUCGACGAUUGGUACUUCUGCAUCCGGAAGAUGAUCCACUUGUUUUCACCGAGAUGAUGACACUAGAAGAGAGCGAGGACGGAGAGAUUUGGAAGCAAAGCACUCGAUGGAUCAAAUAUGAGCAGAUGGUCGAAGGAGGAUUCACACGAUUCAGCAAACCUCAUAUAUCCCUGCUGCAUAUGCAGGCCAUGAUGCAAGCUAGGAACUGCUUCAAAAAAGGUGUUGUCCUUCUAGAUGACGAAAGCACCGGAUAUGAUUGCAUAGUUGACGUUGUCGUAAAGGAAUGGGUGAAACGAGGCCUGGUGAGAGGUGUUGCAACAAAUGCUAUUCGCGACAUACUCAUGGCUCCAAAACAACAUUUGGGUGCCGUCCCUGGAAAAAAUUACUUUGAAGACAGCACAGAGCACCAUGCGCGUCUCGUAAGAGAUGAAAGUAGUGGUGGAGCCAAGUAUGUGGAGAAUGGCGAAGCAAUGAAAGACGAUGACAGCACCGAAGAGCAACCAGACAUUAAGCCACUGCUCGACAUCAUCAAAGCCAAUCGUCGAACGAUGAAGAGAAUGCCAACAAACAUCGAGGGCGCGGCAAUUCUGGUCGGACGGGUAGUUCAGCUGGAGCGAGCUGCAUCGGCAUUUGUUCGCCUAAAGUACCCACAGAAGCUCUAUCCAACAAUCCCGGACCUGCCUGUACCAAUACGUUUUCUCUUCAUUCUUCUCAGUCCAAAAGAGAACUAUGAAAAGGAACGAAUAAGCAUUGGGCGUACAAUCGGAUCGCUUCUGUCGGAUGAGAUUUUCCGAAAGGUGGCGCUGCACACUCUCGAGCCGUUCACAAUUGCCGAUGCUGCCGAUGAGUUCAUCUCACAGAUCGUUGCUGUACCGCCUGGCGUGUGCUCAACAGAAACUCGAUGGGAGCCAAGGGAGACCGAAACAAAACAAACAAGGUCCGUUGGUAUGCUCUACGCUACUUACCGAGAUCACGAAGUUGAGGACGAAGAGGUUGAAGAGGUGCACGGUGGUGGUAUCGUCAGGACAGGCAAACUUUUCGGAGGACUUUGGCAAGAUAUAAAAACCAAAGCACCAUGGUUCAUGUCGGAUUUUGUGGAUUUCUUCGGGGGACGACUGUCACAAUCACUCGCAGCUACUAUCUUCCUAUUCUUUGCCAACAUCACAUCUAUCAUCACGUUUGGGGCUGUAAUGGAACGGAUGUUACAUCACCAGAUGGCAUCAAUAGAAGCGAUACUAAGUGGAGGCAUCUCUGGAAUGAUAUUCGCACUGUUCUCAGGACAACCGCUCAACAUUCUCUCAGCGACGGGUCCUACGCUGGUUUUUGAGAAUAUUCUAUUUGAUUUUUGCAUAGGUAACGGCUGGGAGUUCUUACCAUUUCGAUGCUGGGUUGGCAUAUGGAUAGCAUUCAUUCUGCUCGUACUUACUGCUACCGAUAUGUCAGCGCUCGUUGGCCUUAUCUCUAGAUUCACUGAAGAGGCGUUCGCCACACUUAUUUCUGUAAUCUUCAUUAUCCAGUCCCUUGAAAAGCUUAUGGAAAUAUCACAUGAUGCCCCUAUCGUCACCGAUCCAAGGGAAGUCUUUGAGUCACCGUGUUUUUGUCAUAUAAAUGAACUGGAUCCGACAAAAAAUGCUACCGUCACCUUGAGGCUCAAAGAUAUCACUGCAGAGGAAUGUGCGGCGAAAGGAGGAGAAGCCGUCGGACUUCAGUGCCAUUUCAAACCAGAUGUCUAUAUGCUCUCUGUGCUUUUGACAUUCGGCACAUUUGCUUUGGCAUACGGUUUGGAUCGCUUCCGAAACUCCAAGUAUUUGUUAUCCACGCUUCGUAACGCCAUCAGUGAUUUCGGAGUGGUCAUUGCUAUCGUCGUAAUGACUGCAUUCUCACACUUCAUCGGUCUAGACGUACCGAGCCUCAACGUGCCCGAAAGCUUCAAGCCGACCAUAGACCGUCCAUGGCUCAUCGACAUUACUCGUGCCAGUCCCAUCGUGGCCGUCGUUGCCUUCUUCCCUGCUGCUUUCUAUACAAUCCUUAUUGUUAUGGACCAGCAGAUAACUGCUGUUAUCAUCAACAGAAAGGACAACUUGCUCAGGAAAGGCGAAGGCUACCACCUCGAUCUCUUCGUGAUUGCCAUUCUCGUCCUGAUUUGCUCAUUCCUCGGCUUGCCAUUUUACGUAGCAGCCACUGUGCUGUCCGUAAUGCACGUGAACUCCCUUCGACUUCAAUCGGAAACUUCUGCACCUGGGGAAAUCCCUCGCUUUUUGGGAGUGAACGAGCAGCGUUUGUCCGGAUUUCUUGCUCACUUUUUAAUAGGACUAUCAGUGUUUCUGACGGGAGUUAUAAAGCUUGUGCCUCUACCAGUUUUAAUUGGAAUAUUUCUUUACAUGGGAGUAGUCUCCUUAUUAGGACAACAAUUCGUUCAAAGGAUCGGGCUAUUGUUCAUGUCAGUGAAAAAUCAGCCUGAUUACGUAUGGUUACGGACGGUGCGGAUGCGCAGAGUGCAUCUUUUCACUGUGAUACAGCUGCUGUCGAUAGGAGCUCUAUUUGCUAUCAAGUACACGAAGUACAUCUCGAUGAUGUUUCCACUCAUGCUCGUCGUCAUGGUUCUCCUUCGAAUGUUCGUUCUUGAAAAGAUUUUCACGCAGGUGGAGUUGUCAGCACUCGACGACAUGUUGCCUUCUUUCAAGCAGGUGGUAAAUCCACGGCGGAACAGGCGAAAGAACAAGGAAAUGGUGGAUCUCUUAGCAAAGAAGUGAAGUUCCGACAGCUAACGGCUGUACAAGCAACAUUCUACGUUUUGCGGGUAUCUCAUAGCUCUGUUGUACCUACUCAGUUUCCUCGUUGCAGUGAUAUGCAGCAUAUGUGGUUUUUAUUCAUUAUAUCACAUGUAUCAUGAGAGAGUUAGCUAAUUACAUUCAUAGAGUAGUGGCGGGACAGAUGAGAUAUGUAUGUCAAUGUUGACAAAUAUAUAUUAU